ACACCCCACUGCCCCUCAUCUUUUAUUGGAACUCUCAAACGAACACUUUCUUCCCCAAUUCAAUCGCAGGAGCAUUCAAUAAGGAUGCCAUUUUUGAGAUGGGUUUUCCACGUUUUCGUCGUGAUAGCUAUUGUAAACCUCCAGUCUUUGAGCAGCUUCUCGUUUAAUCAGCAGCAGUUGGACAGGGUGUUGAAGCUCCCUGGCCAGAAUUUCAACGUGAGCUUUGCGCACUACGCUGGCUACAUCACUGUCAAUGAAGAAACUGGAAGGGAGCUUUUCUAUUGGUUCUUUGAGGCCGAGGACGACCCUUCUUCCAAACCUCUCGUUCUCUGGCUCAAUGGAGGGCCUGGGUGUUCAUCAAUUGCCUAUGGGCUGGCUGAGGAAAUUGGGCCAUUGCAUAUUGAGAAGGAUGGGAAAACCCUUUAUUUAAACCCUUAUUCUUGGAAUAAAGUUGCAAAUAUAUUGUUUGUGGACUCUCCUGUCGGAGUUGGUUUUUCGUAUUCAAACACUUCCUCUGAUUUAUUGAGCAAUGGUGAUAAAAGAACUGCCGAUGAUAGCUUAAUAUUUAUCGAGAAAUGGUUAGAACGUUUUCCACAGUACAAAGGAAGAGAGUUGUAUCUCACAGGAGAGAGCUAUGCCGGGCAUUAUGUUCCUCAACUAACUCAUGCUAUUGUGAAGCACAACAAGAAACACGGAGUAGAAACUAUCAAUCUCAAGGGUUUCAUGGUUGGAAACGCUCUCACGGACGACUUUCAUGACCAUUUCGGGGUUUUUCAGUUCAUGUGGUCCGUUGGCUUGAUUUCAGAUCAGACCUACAAGCAGCUGAAUGUCAAAUGUGACUACGAGUCGUUCGUGCACACCUCAGAGGAAUGCGUGAAAGUCCUUAUAAUCGCUGAUCAGGAAAUUGGGGACAUUGAUAUGUACAGCAUCUAUACUCCUCCCUGCACGGCUAAUUUCAGCAGAUUAAGCCAUCUUCGGAGAAGCAAUACUAAGGUUGGUCUUCUCAGAAAACCAUAUGAUCCAUGCACAGAGAAGCAUUCGACUCAAUACUUCAAUCUCCCUGAGGUUCAAGACGCUCUUCAUGUUCGUAGCAGAAACUCCCCUUGGGAGACUUGCAGUGACUUUGUGAGUGAGAACUGGCAGGAUUCGUCUCAAUCGGUUUUGGAUGUCUACGCUGAGCUCUUGAAUACGGGACUUCGUAUCUGGAUGUUCAGUGGUGACACGGAUGCUGUGAUUCCGGUGACUUCCACCCGUUAUAACAUAGAUGCUAUGAAGCUUCGGACAGUUAGGCCGUGGCGCGCUUGGUAUGAUGAUGGCCAGGUAGGCGGAUGGACAGAAGAAUACGAGGGGCUGACAUAUGUGACAGUGAGAGGAGCCGGCCAUGAAGUUCCCCUGCAUAAGCCGAAGCAAGCUCUGACACUAUUCAAGUCGUUCCUAUCGGGGAAGACCAUGCCGGAGAUGGAGCUGGUGAGCGAUAUGUAGUUGGGACGUGCCUCCCUCGUUGAGUAUAAUGCUAAUAAUUCUAGUGAAUCUUGAGUAAACUUUCCAGUUGUAUGCCUUUUCUCCAUAUGAUCUGCACUAUCAAAUCACUUAUGCUUGCUUGAUCACAAGAUAUUGAGAGAGAAGACAUUCUUGUUA